AAUAGAUUUGCAAACCUCAUUUCUUUUUUAGAUUUGAUGCAACAGCCCUUGGGGAAACUAAAGGCCCGAUAGAACUGAAAGACGCUAGAUUCUCCCACUGGCUACAGGACGCUGAGGAGGUGUUAGUACAUCUGACGGAAGGACCGCAGCUUGUGAUAGGAUCCUCCAUGGGCGGAUGGAUUGCUUCUUGCCUUGCUAAAAGAUAUCCAGAAAAAGUAUGUGGACUUCUUCUCCUUGCACCAUCCAUCAACUUCUCAGACUAUUAUAUUCAGCGUUUGCGCAAGAAUGCACCACCUGAGCUGUUGGAAGUAUUGGAAAAGGGCGAGAGCUUUGAAUACAAUGAUCCCAAGUAUGGACCUUACCCCCUGUCUUUAAGGGUGUUUCAAGAAAUGAUUCCUUAUGAACUUCCCCUGGAAGAAGAUGGAGGAUACCCAGUUUGUUGCCCAGUCCGCAUAAUUCAUGGUACUGAGGAUACCUACAGUCCUUACAUGAAUUCACUGAAGCUUCUCACAGGAUUUGAGACAAAAGAUGUCCAACUAACCUACAUAAAAGGAACAGGUCAUCACUUGGAUGACCCUGACAGUCUUGAUAUGAUUUACAAGACGAUUCUCAGCAUGAUGAGCAUUUUACAGUCCAAAUUGUAACAAUGCCAGGUUAUAGGGUCAUUUUAACAACAAUGAGAAAGCAAGUUAUCUGAGAUUAUCAGUUCUUGUUAAACCAAAGAAUGCAGAUAUAAAGGAUAAGAACAAUUAA